AUGAAAUUUGACAAACCAAGAAGGGAGACAAUGAGAAUGGUUUUUAUUUGCUUAUCUUUUUGUCUUUUUAUUUCGUUGGUGUUUGGGGAAGGUCCACCAUCGGCCUACGAUGCUAUAAAGAAAUAUAACCUCCCUAUUGGUCUUCUUCCAGAAGGCAAAUAUAAGCUCAGAUAUAGUUCUACAAUCACAGGGAUGAUUUCUAAAAACAAAAUAGAAGAAUUAGGUGGUGUGAAGGCUAAAAUAGCAUUCUUUUGGAUUGAUAUUGAGAGUGUAAAUAGGAAUGGUGACCAAAUCGAGUUUAAGAUUAGCAACUUUGCAACUAAAGACUUUCCGAUUACUGUUUUUAACAAGUGUCCUCAAUGUUACUAA